AUGGUUUCCAAGAAGCAAACAAGGCUGAAGAGCCUUUCGAGUGGCCGCCCGCCAACUGCCAAGUCCUCACGGUCAAUGUCUAGGAAAGCCAGCAGGAGUCUCAUCAACACUCAUCACCAACUGGAGAAACAACGUCGGCAAGCUGCAGCCAAGGGCGACACGGUCACCGAAACCCGCAUCGCCUCAGAGAUUGCCAAGCUGGGUGGUCUUGACCACUAUCAGAAGGCCAGUUUGCAAGGUCAGAGUCUCGAUAGAGGAGGCGACACGUCAAGAAUACUUCUGGAAUGGCUCCCUGUGGCAGAGCUCAAGAAGCGCGCUCAGCCGUUUCAUAUGCUGGAGGUUGGGGCAUUGAGUACUCGUAACGCAUGCUCGACAAGCGGGAUCUUUACUAUGAAGCAUAUCGAUCUCAACAGCCAGGAGCCAGGCAUCACAAAGCAAGAUUUUAUGGAGCGACCCCUGCCCAAAGACGAUUCUGAGGUGUUCGACAUCAUCUCUCUGAGUCUAGUGCUCAACUUCGUGCCCGAGGCCGAGGGGCGUGGACAGAUGCUUCUUCGGACUCUCUCCUUUCUUCGACCUGCAGCUGAACCAGCAACUGGUUCUGACGAACCCUUUCCCUGCCUUUUUGUGGUUCUACCUCGUAGCUGUGUUGACAACUCACGAUACUUUACAGAAACUCGCUUCGACGAGUUGAUGACGAUUCUCGGCUAUGCAUGCGCCAAGACCAAGAUGACUCAGAAAUUGGCAUAUACUCUUUGGAAGAGGAUCGGGACCGUCUCCGAGAAGCGGCCGGAUUUUACCAAGAAGGAAGUCAAUCCAGGACGGACACGGAACAAUUUUGUCAUGACGCUCAAAGCUUCGACGAGUCAUUCAAACUGA